UCUCGCUUCCUCCCGCUGGGCUAGCAUCCUCCGCAGCAGCCUGGGUGGGUGAUGGCAGGGAAGCCGAUAUCCUGUUUAUCCGUGGGACGCCGCGUGAGCCUGGCGCGUACGAUCAGCCGUUCGUGACACGGGCGGCCGGGGAUGAGGCCGCCAUGGACCGCGCAACAGCGAGCGAGAAAAUGCGCGUGGCCGGACUGGUGCUCGCGCGAGGCGGCAGCGAAGCGGUGAAGAAGAAGAACGCCCGAGUGCUGUGCGGACUGCCUUUGUUGACCUGGGUGCUGCGGCCGAUGAAGCACUGCAAGACGCUCGACGAAAUCUGGGUGUCGACCGACGACCAAGAAAUCGAGGACAUCGCCGCCACGGAAUCGUGCGCCGUGGUGCGACGCUCCGAAGAAUUCGCGCAGCCCGACUCGCCGUCGGUGCUCGCCGUGCAAGAGUUCAUGCGCGAAGUUCCAGGUAUUGACGUGGUUGCCUUAGUCCAAUGUACCUCGCCGUGCCUAGUGCCCUCAUACUUAGAUGAAGCAGUCAACCUUGUCACUUCAGACAGAUAUGACUCCGUUUUCUCGGUCACUCGUGACUACAAGUGGCGGUGGACAGAACUAUCACAAGAUGGUACGACAAGACCCCUGAACUUUGACCCAGCGCAGCGACUCUGUCGCCAGGAGUGGGCGGGUGAGAUCGUCGAAACUGGUCACUUCUAUGUCACGCGAGCGGAGUAUGUCCAAGAUGGCCUCCUUCAAGGAGGACGGUGCGGCUUUGUGGAGUUGCCGCAGUACCUGUGCCAUGAGGUUGACACGGAGGAUGACCUGCUGAUCGUUGAACAGAAGCUGCAGAAGUACGGCUUCAAGGGCGACAUCGUCCUCGACGCGCCCUCCGAGUUCCAGUAGUCAUUUGUUCCCCGCCGAGGACCUCCGCAGAGUCAUCGACCUCCCAAGCUUUCCCACGACAACCUCAAGCGAAGAUUCAUCUUAACUGUCUCGAAUGCGUGGCUAUUGUGCGGGUUGUAUUGCUUUGCGAUGUGAAUGGACGGAUCCAGACUUUCAUUCGGAGCACUUAACUGCCGUGGUACAACUGACUGGGUGCCAUUUACCGAAACAAGAUUUACGGUCCCGGUCUCUGCAAAUGCCACACCGUUCGGAGUGCUGCUCGGAAGACCUCGGGUCUUCUCACGCAGGUUGUUGCGCUGCAGGAGCCUGCUGAGGCGGCUCAGCAGUUGACCUGUCACGCUGCUAAGCUCGAGGAUACGGGUUCGAUUCGCAGCCACGGUGGCCUCGUUCUAACACGAACAAAAUGUGAAAAACAGCUGCAUAUUUAAAUUCAAGCGCAUGUUAAAGGAUGCCAAGUUGUCGAAAUUGACCUGGAGUGUUCCAUUAUAGCGCCUCUCAUAAUCAUGUCAUGUUUUGGCACGUAAAAUCGCAGGAUUUAAUUUUUAUUAUGAUUUAUUUACAGAGGGGCAGGGGUCUGUGACAUUUGUUCAUUUCUUUCCUUUGAGAACUGCAUGUGCAGAGGGUUGAAAAGUGAAAGCCACGAUUGGCCGAUUUUCUGGCCCGAGAAAAUGGUGCAUGCUUUUGCAAGAACAUUGCUGAAAAAAACGCCACUGUGCUUGCUUCUGUGUUGUUCUGCGCAUCAGCCAGUGACGGCAAAUUUGGCGUCUCAUUUGCUCAAAAAACCGGCACGUACGUAUGCACGAGUACUGGUGGUGCCAUCUCUUGGUGACAGUGCAAACCGUUACCUGUAGGAAUGCUUGUUGGCAUUGUUGUUCAGCAUCACAGCACAAGGUGCGAACUUUUUAGAGACAGAGCGAAUUUUUGGAGCGAGAUGUAUUGCAGGCACCCCUUAAUGAUGCAGCUAAUAACCUUCCGGAUGAAGACAACUGGUAAUCCGACAAGAGGAACCAUGAGUUCUGUAAGUGACGAAGAAGAUACAAAAGGAUCAGUUUCACGUAACUGUUUUCUCCUCUUCGUGCCAUGCUUUUGUGCCAUCAGGGUUAGUGCUUGAAGUACAGCACGGUUCUCUUUUAGGAGGAAUGCACUGCAAGCCUUUGGCUGGCAGUUACAGCCGAGAUGUAUCACUGCGACGUGCAGACUAUUUUGAUGCACUGGCACCAGCCGCACCUUUCUACAAACCAAGUACACAUCUUUCAGUUGUGUUGGUUAAAGUGCCAGCUAGAAGUGGAUUAUAACUUGCAUUGCAGGUGAAAAGUUUGACGUUUUGUAGUGAUGAGGCAUUAGCAGGUUUUGCCACUGAUGUUUUUGCGAGCAGCCAUCGUGGGUAAAACGUGUCGAGAAUGCAACUUAGUGAUGGGCGAUCAUGGAGUGUCCUCGGAGGUAGAUGUGUAGUAGUGUGCGUCUGUUGGCGAAUGCAUGGUUUUGAUAAAGCGUGAGACGUUUUUAGCAUUUACACUCGUAGGCACCAGAUGUUGUGUCUUGAGAAGAGAAGUUGUACGGUGAGUGACUGCCGUGCUGAAGUUAUCGUCUGGAAAGAAGGUGACAUGAUUGCCCGUUCUCUUAAAGUGCAAGGAGAAAUUUAUUUUAAUUUUCAUGUUCGAGUAAUAUUCUGAUAAGUUGAUUUCUGCAUGGAGAUUUUGAUAUAUACAUGGCUUCGGCACUUGGGAAGAUAAGCAAAAGCUGCGAUGGAUUGGCACUGGACGUCACUGCACCAAUACUGAUAUACAUUUAAAGCACUCAUGUAUCAAUACUCAAGGGUAUGUGUUUUGAUUUUUGAAAAGGCUCGUCACAUCUUCUUUGCCAUGGUCUUGAUAGUAGGCGUACCGGUGAAGUUGGCGGCUUCUUUCAUGAAACGGCAUCGCACAUCGAUCAGCUCAUAUCUGCUACCACAUGUGCCAUCAGACGCCAGCGCCUAAUAACUUGUUUAUGCCAUCAUCUUCAGUAGUCCUGCAGCCAUGUACCAUUAUGUUGGUAACAAACUAGUGUAGCUUCCAGCUUCAAGUUCUGUAUGGACGUCUGAUUCUGAGCAAGCACAGUUGGCUCUGGAAGUUCCCGGGACGCAAGAUUUGCGAGGAAAGCAGAAUUGUCACGAAUCCUGGGCGCACAGUCUCGACUUUACACAGUUUCGUCCUGCAUCAGUUCGCGCUACCUGCUCGCCAGCUCAGUAAGUUAAUAGUACCAUGCUUUUGACAAAAGCUGAAGUCGUAUCCAUAGUGGAAUCCGCACUUUGUGAACUUUUGCGGUCAACCACACAUUAAUGCAGACCGUGAGCUACGUUGCGCUGCUAUCAAAACUCCUCAUCUGCCUCAGUAGGGCAGUUAUCAACAGCGUCAUCUUGUCACUAAUUAGACUAUUCGAGUCGCGUGCUCAGAGCAGCAUACAGCUCUCAAAACUGUCCGUGACGAAAAGCGAGUGUAAUGUCAGCAGUUCCAAGAUGUGCAUCUGUAAUGCAAUUACAAAGCGAGAGGCAAUGUUGCAUUUGUCGGCCUGGCGUUCUUACGUAUCCCAGCAGAGUUUUUUUUUUUCUUUUUUCUUGCGAGGCAUCGUCACAAGUCACAGAUGUCGCAUUAGAGGCCGUAAUACUCCCUGUGCUAUGUGAAGCUGGUUGUGAGCGCUUUGCCAAGACCACGACUUGAAGCGAAUGCUAGUCCUUUACAACAAGAUAUAUUUACACUACUGCGCAAUUUGCUUUAAAGUGCGUGCAUAACAAAUCUCUUCUUUCAUUCAAGUUUGUGAUUUAGAAAAAUGUCGUCGAUGGUAUUUCACAGAAGGUUUGACUUUCCCUGUAUAUGAAUCUCUAUUUACGGAAUACUGGAUGUGGGUACAUAGGUGGCAGCAUCGGUGGCAGUCGCCUAGCGACAGCAUUCGAUUGGUGUACAAAAACCAUUACAUACUGCAGAGCUGUAGCUGAGUUCUAGUCGUGUGCUGGUCAUUGUUAACAUCACCGCCAAGAGUAUGCAGUGGUGGCUUCUUAAUUUUCCACGAACGAGAAUUCCUUAGUCGGAGGUUUCUUAUGGUGCAGCAUCUAUGCAUUACUGUGCUGAAUCAAAAUGUUCCGACAAGUUUGAUUACACACACAGAAACUCUCUUCAAAAACAUUGUUACGAAGCAUUUUGAGUGGGAGACAGCUUUGCACGAGCUAACUAGAAAUGAUAAUGCAAUAUUUUGCAUUUAUAGUUGGUGCAUAUUUCACGAUUUAUCCUGUGCGAGGAUACGCAUGCACGACAGCAAAGUUCUUAUUUUUGUUCUGCCUCUACGCAGCUUUACACAUGGUCAUGAGUCAACUGAUACUUAAUUUCCUUUUUUUGGAAAAAAUAUCACUGUGUUUGGUGACAAAGAAAAUCACUAAGUGAUCAUGAGAGAUUUUGGUAAAACACUGGGUAUACAUGUAGAACAGUAAGAUGUGUAUAAGUCCAUGUUGAAAGUAUGGCAGUGCACCCUCACUAGACGACUCCUGCAUAAACAGGUGCCCAUAAACACGAAGAUUAUCAUUUUAGGGCUUUGCGCGUACGACUUAGAUUACACAUAUGGAAAUUUCUAAACAGAACGCGAGAAUACUUUGCGGUGCUUUGCGACUUCAUGAACCGCCACUAGGUGUCCUAGUAUUCUGUAAACUGGAGCACUGUACGAAUUGUAUGGAAAAGAAUGGCAUCAGCCGAACAGUACCUGUAGCGUGUUGCAACUGCAUGAAAUGUCGCAAGGCGUUGCGGUCAGCAGAGUAGCCGCUGUGUUUAUGGUGUCUGCAUUCUGUAUGUUGCAAUAGAAUAUGGACAGGCUAGGGUGCGACAUGACUCAUCCAAUCGGGAAUAGAGUCAACUUAAAGUAAAACAUUUGCUAUGUUUCAACAGUUGAUGAAACUGCCACAAGGUGUCACUACCAGUACUACAUCUUUUGUCCUAGGUAUUCCUUCAACUGCAUGCACUAAACCUCUAAUAAUAUUCGAAUGGGUGCCAAAUGGUGUAUGAGCAAGCGGAACGUUGCAUUCUGUCACGUGUAUGCACGUUUGAACUCCUUGUAGCACAGCUUUCCGAGGUCAGGGUACACUACAAAGGGACAGUCGCGUAAGACCGAGUGGGUUUCCAUAGUUCAGAUGGUUAGAUGUGUGUUUCUAAGUGACAGUAUGAAUGCAAGCUAACUUUGUCACUUACCUAGCAUCUGUCGAUUUUAACACAAGUAAUACGUGCCGCUGAAUUUAUACGAGAUCACCAUAAAUAUCUGUUUCUGGACAACGUACCAUGCAAGAUUGUCUUGCACCGCAAUGCAAUAUGACUUAGGCAAACAUUCCAUAACCAUUCACAAUUUUGGAAGUUCCCAAUUGGCAGGGCUCUGCCUGUCGAAAGCCAAAUUUUAUUGCAAUGAGCAAUCAAUCACCUGUGAAAUCAGCUAUGACCUUGCACGUUCGAAGUGUGGAGCGGUGUGUUGUGCUCAUGCUUCUGUGGCACAGUUUUUAAGCGUACCAACUCACUUCUCAUCUGUCAAACUCUUUCUCGACUUGGUGUCUUUCUCAACCAAUGCGAAUUUGCAACCGUGUGCGAAUGCGACCAAUGUGAAUUUGCGACGAGUGUACCAUGCCCACAGUAGUCACUUCCGAUCGAGUUUCAUGAAAAGCUCGCAAGGAGGCACAGUCUGUUGCAAAGGCAUAAAGGUUGUCACUGUAGUUAUUAAAGCAUGUUGAGUCCUGUGUGUUUUUGUUAGUGACUUAAAUCAGCAGCGACAACUAAGCAAAGUCAGCACAGCAUACCCAAAUCGAAGACGUUCCACCAUUUGCUCAUCUGCAAGAACCAACACAGUCAAAAAAGAAAAUUUCUCGACAGCACGCUCCUUUGUGGCACUAAAUAAAAUGAAAGGAGAUCAUUAUUCACAUGCGCCAAAAAUCUUGGAAGCCAUUGGUUGCUAGGCCCUAGCGAGUAUUCUGGAAGGUCAUGGAGAGGGAACCACAUGCCCACUCCGAGGCUUGACAAGAGCUUGCACUGUGAAUCUUCAUCAGCUGGUGUUGUGAAAUGUCAAACUGCUGUACCUCGUAAUUGAAGGCUGCCCUUUUUCUGCAGUUUACGGGCAAUACAUGUGGAAAUGUUCAACUUGUAAGUGGAGUAGACAAUGCCAGACUUUUCAAAAUGGCUCUGUACUUACCAAACAUGUGCUCAGGGACUGCCAAUGCUUAUCACCGUUUUCAUGCCCGAGCCUCAAGAGUGUCGUUCAAGAAUAUUCUUUCUAGAAUGAAAGAAAAAAAUUGAACCGCUUGAACAAGGUCGUUAGUGUCACUUCUCGGGUAGUUGUGCUGCUUUCGCAUCUGUAUUCGGGAUUUGACCUUAGUGGACAGUCCAUUGAAGUUUUCUUUAGAGCUUAGGGUGCUUGGCUGCAUACGACAGAGCUGUGGGUUCGCUCGCGGUGGUUGCAUUUUAAUGGAGGCAAAAUGUCGGAAGCCUGUAUUGAACCACUUCUACAAGAACAAGAUUUAGGUGCAGAGCCACUGGUGGGCGAAAUUUUCGGAGCACUCCUCUACUGCGUGCAUCCUAAUCACAUUGUGGUUAUGGCAUGUAAAACCAGAAGUCGAUAUUCCUAUUUUCAUCUGAGGUAGCAGCUGACAAGUUGCUCAUGCGCUGUAGUCAUGAAAUUGUCGUAAUCAUUUUUCCUACACCGACUGAAGUUACCUCGGGACUGCUUUUCACACAGAUAACUGCAGGGAUGAUUUCACUACCUCGGAGGAUAAUUCAUGUUUCAAUUCAUUUGUGAACAACACCUCUACGCUCGUCUUAUACGUUCAUGCAGUUCUCGUUUUAGGCAACUUAACAUUAAACCCUGUAUAGAAAAUUCAGUUUUAAUUAUAAGCUCAAUUAUAAUAUGUAGUGCUUUGAUCAUAAUAUGUAUUGAUGACCUUAAUGCUUUUGUCACAAGCUACCACUUGAUAACAGUGCAACUGUCUUGUACUUUUGUCAACCCUUGAGGAGUUUAUGUCAUGAGAAAUCAUCUGCACAAGUCAAAUAAAGAUCUUCGAAACUG